AUGGGUGAUUUGCAGUACCUUAAUAAGGGACUCCAAGAAGUAACAGUCAAAAGAUCAGAAGUAUCUUUCAAUGAACCUUUUGAAAAAGUAGAUGAGUUUUUGCUUGGUCGUGGACAGAGGAAGUAUAAUCAGCAAUUCUUUUCAAUGUAUCAGCAUAGAUUUAACACUUUGAGCGAAAGGGUACUUCGCAACGCAAUCAAGAAAUGGGGUGAUGGAACUAAGAAGAUUGACGGACAAACAAUCUUUAGGCAGGACAAAAUUUUGGAUAUUACCAGUGGUAAAUUAUGUUGGGUUAUAGGUACAAUUUUUUGUGAUGCAAAGAAUAAAUUGAACAUUCUACAAGAUGUUGAAAAGGGAACAGAUGAUAUCCUACCUGAAAUUCCAGCAAGUUAUCUCGACGAUGACGAGGAAGCAGUAGUAAUGUUAGAGGAUGAGUCAGGAAGAGCGGUCUUGCAUAAUCAAGGUUUUUUAGAUAAUAACUUGUUGGUGACUGGCUGUAUCGUUGGAGUAUUGGGAAUUGAGCUUCAAGCAGGGAUAUUUGAAAUCAUGGAUGUUGUCUAUCCGACGAUAGCUCCUCAAAAAGCAUUACCACAAGGCAACAGCACGAAGACGGUUGCCUUGAUCUCGGGGCUAAACAUUGGAAAAGAGGGAAUUAACGAUUUAAGAAUGGAAUUAUUGAAACAAUACCUUAUUGGAGAAGUUGGUCUGAAUGAAGAUGCAAUGUACAGUGGAACAAUCGCGGAGCUUAUAAUUGCUGGGGACUCAAUUUUACCUUUGAGUGAAUUGGGAGGAGCGAAUGAUUCGCAGAGCUUUAUUACCUCGAAUAAUUAUGGAUCCAAGAAUAUUUCCAAGUAUAACGCAGAAUCUUUACGUAAGCUAGAUGAAUUUGUCAAUGAUGUUAUUUUAAGUUUACCAGUGUCGGUGAUGCCAGGACACAAUGACCCUGCAGAAAUCUGCUUACCUCAACAAGCAUUGCACAAGGCAAUGUUCAAAAAUAGUACAUCAGUUCUUGGGGAUAGUAGAUUGCAGAGGUUGACUAACCCACAAUGGUUUGAAAUCGAUGGAGUAAGAAUUUUAGGAACAAGCGGUCAAAAUAUUGAUGAUGUCAAGAAAUACACUAAAAAGAGUUUAUCAGCCAUUUCUAUUAUGAGAGCCAAUUUACAUUGGCAAAAUUUUAUUCCAACUGCUCCAGAUACCUUGUACUGUUAUCCCUUUGAAGAAUGCGAUCCAUUUACAUUCAACAACGAGAUUCCUCACGUUUAUUUUGUUGCAAACCAAGAGAAUUACGAGUCGGAAGAGUUUCAGUUAGGUGAUAACUGUUCAGUGCGGUUAGUCAGUAUCCCAAAGUUUAGUGAGACAGGAGAAUUUGUUGUACUUAAUCUUGAAACUCUCAGUUGCAAUGUGGUUCGAAUUGAUAUAUGA